UGCACUCACAUUCAGAUUUUGCAACCGUUUUCAUUUGCCAAUUUUCGACAGCUCAACGUGGAUGUUCAAGCAUUGUUAGCCAGAUAUUUGGAAAUCAACGUAAUAAGCAAGAAUUUUCACAAACAAGAUCGCAAUUUGUCUGCAGCUUUAAAAAUAUCAAUAUUAAUCGUAUAACAUUCAAACAUAUACUUUUUAUAAAUCUCACCUCUUUUAUGAGAUCUGCUUUAUCUGAUUUAUUUAUUACUUUUAGAGCUACG